CUCUAGGAAUACAAUAUUUGCGCUUUUCUUUUUUCUUUUUUGCUAAAGAACCCUAUCCAUUACCAGAAUUGUGUUAUUAUCUACAGUGGACAACAUCUCAUUUUUCAUGUUUAAUGCCGUCUGAGUUCCUCACACAGAUCUAAAGCCCUUGGGUCACAAGAUAAUUUGUACCGAGCUUGAUAAUACAACCGUUGCAAUGCCUGCCCAACGACCCCGUGCGGCCUUUGAGCCUCUUUCUCCAGACUUGGAUAUUGCAUCACUUGUGGGGUCGACCCCAAACUUUGAGUUUGUUGCCAGAAUCCACUGCGAUUCCAUCGAUGAAAAUGGGCUAGAUAUCUUCGAAAAGCUGGUGUUGCUCCAUGUGGUUCGUGGCGGAAAGCCAUUAGUUGUGGAAGGCUUUAACCACCGGCUGGACAAGUCCAUUUUCUCCGAGAAGUGGCUGAAAAACCACUACUCGACGAAGACCGAAAUUGCUCGAAACUUGACCACGAAGACGGACCUGCCCCUUACAAUUGGACACUAUCUGAAAAAUAUGCCGCUUCUUGCUAACCAGUGGAAUGAAUACAACUACAAGGAUACUGGCCGGCAGAGAAUUUAUUUAAAAGAUAUUGACUGCCCGCCCAAGUGGUAUGACCACUUGAAAAGGAUAAUUCCUCCAGGACUUUUUUACUUGAACAUAUCCGCGCAAGCCUUCGAAGGUCCAGGCUCAAAUACGACACCGGCUCCUGGUAGACAAAAUGACUCCUCCUGCCCAGUAGUCAGACCUGGCGAUCUCAUGGGCUGUCUCCCGGCCGAUAUGCGUGCGGAGAAUCUGAUGUGCUAUAUAGGUCAUGAAGGCACUUACACACCAGCCCAUCAAGAGAUGUGCGCUAGCCUGGGUCAGAAUAUGAUGGUAGAGGCGUCAGAUGGUUCCAUCGAGUAUGGCAAAGAAACAAAGCCGGGAUCCUCCAUCUGGUUCAUGACCGAAAGCAAAGACCGCAGAGUUGUAUCCGAGUAUUGGAUUUCAAUGCUAGGGCAUGACAUUGAUAUCGAGGAUCACUUUGCUCAGGUGAAUGCCUGGAAAGCGGCACCAUUCAAGACUUACGUUGUCGAACAAAAACCAGGCGACUUUAUUCUUGUACCCCCUUUGGCAGCACACCAGGUGUGGAACCGAGGGACCAGAACGGUAAAAGUGGCGUGGAACCGUACUACUCCGGAGACCUUAGAAAAGGCUCUAGGUGAAGCAUUGCCGCACGCUAGAAUGGUCUGUCGAGAUGAGCAAUAUAAGAACAAAGCCAUAGUCUUCUACUCGUUGGGGCACUAUUCGGCUCUCCUGGGCAAGCUCGAUGCAACUAACGUUGACCACAUGACAAUACAGCAGAUUCUGAAGGACUUUGAACAGCUUUUUGGCCUAUUUACUGAUAUUCUUCUCACUGAAUGUCUCUCGAACGAACUUCGUGAAGAGGAUGUUGAACACGUCCCUUUUGACAGUAAUAUCACAUGCUCAUACUGCCGGGGUAACAUCUUUAACAGAUUUUUAACCUGUCCAUCUUGCGUGGGUCCAUCAAUUUCAGACGAAGAAGACACAUAUGAUAUUUGCAUGGAGUGUUAUGCUAUGGGCAGGAGCUGCGCCUGCAUAUCAAAAUUAAAGUGGGUUGAGCAAUUCCAUUGGUGUGAACUGCAACAAAAAUACGAGACUUGGAGGCAGCAAUUACUCGAGUUCAGGCCCCACGUUAAAGACACCUAUCUGGACCUUCAAACGCAAAAAAGCCGGAUGGUGAAGAGGACACUGGCGGAGAUCUGCCAGUCAGAACUCCUGAGACGGCCCUGGGUCGAUAUCAGUAAGCCGAUCGUUCAGACCGAACGGUUUGAAGAAAAGGAAAGUGAUUCAGAGCGAAUCAGUCCCGCCCGAAAACGGAAAAAAAUUCGUCGGAGUGAUACAUUUGAUCAGACUGGGCGCUGUCAUAUCUGCAGGUAUCUGGAGCCAAAGUGGAAGCUCGCCUCUUGUUUCUGUUGCAAGUCAAACUACUGCUAUGGUAGCCUGUUCAGGGCUUUCAACAUAAUGCCGCAAGACACUAUGGAAAUGCGUGAGUGGCAAUGCCCCAAAUGCCAAAAGAUCUGCAGUUGUGCUGCCUGUCGCCGUGACCCCAAGAUGAAUCCAUUCGAGCCCACAUGCACGUUGCUUGGUCAUGAUACAAGGAAGAUCGCCGACCCUCGCAGUGUGGAGAGUUUGGUGGACUUCCGGCAGUCCAACCUCCGAUGGUUGAAGAAGGCUGGUGAUGAUGAGAUAGGUCGACUCAAGAAACACCAGAGGGAGGCUGAUGAGAAGCGUCACCAGUCAUUAAUCGAGCAUAGUAUCCGGUUAGAGCAUGUCCCUCCUGCAACGGGCUAUUCGGCUGAAUAUGGAGAUAUACCGGUUGAUCCGGCUUUGGAAGGGCCAGAUGGCUCCUCGUUCACCUUUCCCGACCCCGCUGGUCAGUGACGGCAGUGGGACCAUCCAAAUUGGUUAGGAUCAUCAAAAGUUCCGUGUUGGUUGUAGAUGUGGAAAUUGUCAGCUUCGGGCAAGCAGAUACUUCCAGGACUGACGAUGGGGAUCACGCAGCAGCAUCUCCAUUCUACUGGGUGAAGAGCACAAUGACACCGUACUACCAAUUCAAGAAUUAAAGGCC